CACUGUCGUCCUCCUGGACGUUGACCGGUGGCAGCGCAACUGCCACGGCAAGUCCAGGGGUCGGCACGGCUGCCCACAACAUUGUGUGUCAAUUCCAAGACUGCGAACCUGAUGCAUGAAAACGUUGCCUAUGCCCGGGACUGCGGAACAUGAAUCCAGGAUUGUGGAACAUGAGUCGUUUCUUUUUCGGAUGUUAUUAUUCAACGCUCGCGAGAUGUUUUUCAACAGCACAGCUGCUAUUGCACUGCAAAACCAUCUCACGAUCGCUGAACAGUUGCUGUUAACAUUUGAAACUGCUACGUAAAACAGUGUAAAUAAUACUAGCGAGCUUUUGGUAAUUUGCAAAAGUUUGAAGCUUAAUUAUAUUUAUUUUCAGUUAUUGCUAAAGAGAACAAUAGUAAACUAAAUAAUUGAGAGACUGGAAACAUGAAAAAAUAGUACUGUUUGGCGUCAUAUAUUUUGAAUUUUUGUUCAUUGGGUGACUGCAGGCAACUGACAGCUGUCAAUGUAGCAUGUGGCUUUUGACAGCUCCCGUUUCCGGCAUCGCUCUCUCUCUGCUGGAUCGUAAAACGAAGUGGUUUUAGCAACACAACGUAGGGAAGAAUUUUAUGUGAAAUACCGUUCUAAUAAAGAUGAGCCUUGAAUUAAAACAUGGUGCUUGGUGACCAGGAUGUUUCUGAUGUGAUUUAACACAAAGGCAAGUAAAGAACAAGGUAUAAUCAUACGAUUCAUUAGCGAGAGCAAAGCUUGUGCUGCGGCGUGCCACAUUACCUGAGAAAGGGCUACAGACAAACCUGCUCAACGCGUGCGUUUUGGAUAAUUAAACGAUUUCUAGGAGUGGUAGUGUUUUACGAUCGAGUUUAAUCUUUUAAAUAAUUGAUUGGCUACCUAAUUUCGGGAAAAGAAGUUCUCGUAACAUUUCGUUUAAUACAAAAGCAGAAUAUGUCGAAAGCAGUCUCGGAAGAAGAAGAAGAUUUUCAGGGCUAUGCUGAAACUUCUAUAGAAGAAACAGUAAUCAAUCGUGAAGAAAUGGCACAGCUUGCUUGUGAAAUGGGAAUAAAUGACAAAGCACACACACAGCUUACCAGCAAAAAGGCACAGAGAGACGCCAUAUUGCGUUCUAUCGAGCGGAUUGAAAAUUUUGCUAACAAAGCAAUUGGCAUUGAAUCUGGUGCAGCAAUGACGCGGCUUGAUCGCUUAGAAAAAUGCUGGGAAGAAUUUAAGAUGGUUGCAAAUGAGCUGCGAAUGAUAGACGAUGAAUGCAAUGCUGAUGAAAAUGAAAAUUUAUUGGAUGAAGUGGAUGAAAAUUGCAUGCAAAUAGCAGAUCUUUUAAGAAAGAAGAUGAUCGUACCUCUCGCUCCAACAUUACGAGUGAAAGAAAGCGCAAGUGACAUUCAAGACAAUGCUGAAGAACCAAGCUCCUUUAUAAAAUUGCCAAACUUGUCCCUUCCUGUUUUCGCAGGAAACUAUGAUGAAUGGCUUCCUUUUCGAGACAUGUUUGAAGCAAACAUUCAUAAUAAUGCAAAGCUGGCUCCAGUGCACAAGAUAUCAUAUUUAAAGCAAUCGCUAAAAGGAGAAGCAGCAAGUUUGGUUAAUUCCUUUCCGUCAACAGGAGCAAGUUAUGCUCCGGCUUGGAACGCACUCAUUGAGAGAUACUCAAAUGAAUAUAUAUUGAAAAAGCGCUACAUUAAUUCGUUGUUACAAUAUCCCACGCUAAAGUCAUCGAGCCAAAAGGAAAUUCACGCGCUAGUAGAUACCUUCGAGCGUAAUAUCAAACUUUUAAAGCAGCUUGGAGAAAAAACCGAUGAAUGGGGCAUGUUGAUCAUUCAAAUAAUGCUUACCAAAUUGGAUGAAAAAACGCAUCAUGAUUGGGAAAAACACGCUGAAAAAAGUAAAAGCCAUAGCAUUGAUGAGCUGGUAAAGUUCCUUCAUACCCAAUCUCGAGUGUUAGAUGCCGUCACAGAAGAUCGAAUUCCAAUCGGUAAACAGAAAAAGACAAUGGAACGUCAUUUGGCCAUGAACGUAGCAUCUAAGAUACAGAAAUGUGCAAAAUGCGGUGAGCAGCAUCAUCUUCAUGCCUGUAGAACAUUUCAGAAUAUGUCGCUAGAAGAAAAGUACCAAUUUAUUACAGAAAAGAGAUUGUGCCGAAACUGUUUGCAUCCCGGGCACGUUUCCUUGACCUGCCGGAUGAGAUUUAGAUGUGCGAAGUGUCACAAAAAACAUCACGUUCUUUUACAUAGAGAUCAAACGAAUAUAGCACUGCCGGAACAAAUGGCAAACUUGAACGUUACCGACACAAACAUUGCAACGCCAUCGAUUAAUGCAGCAACUUCAUCAGCUCAAAAUCAUGUAUUUCUAUCUACGGCGCUUGUAAUGGUCAGAAAUUUGUCCGGAAAAUGGAAACUAGCAAGAGCUUUGCUUGAUAACGGAGCUCAAGUUAAUAUUAUGUCUGAAGCUCUUUGUCGAAUGUUGCAAUUGACUGGUAAGGGUCGCGGUCAGGAAUUGAUAGGAGUAGGCAAAUGUACCGUUCUGACGGCUAAAACCGUUGAGGCAGAAAUAGCGUCACGAAACUUAAGCUACAGGCGACGAAUGAAUUUUUCGGUUCUGCCCAAGAUAACAGGCUAUCAACCUGAGCGUAUUGACACUGCAUUUCUAGAAACAGAAUUUGAAUUAGCCGAUCCGGACAUAGGCAAUGGAAAUCAAAUCGAUCUCUUACUUGGUUCUGAAUUUUAUCAUGAGUUUUUGCAGCCAAGAAACAAUGGUGCAGUGAUGAUUCGCAAUCCGUUAAGAGGGUUGCCAGCAUUUAUUGAUUCAGUUUUUGGUUGGUUAGCGACAGGAAAAGGCCAAAGAGAAGAUCCAAACUCUCACAGUGUUCCACAGUCCAUCAUGCAUGUGGGUGUUAGUUCUUCGCUUGAUGACCUGAUAGCGAAAUUUUGGGAAUUAGAGCAAAUUCCGGAAGCGAUAAAAUGGACACUAGAGGAACAAGAGUGUGAAGCUAAAUUUCAGCAACAAUAUCAACGUGAUCAUACAGGCAGAUACGUAGUGAAAUUACCAUACAAAUUAUCUGGUCGUAGCUUGGGUGAAUCCAAAUCUUCUGCACUAAAACGAUUUCACCAUCUAGAGUGUCGUUUUGACCGAGACUCCAAGUUGAAAGAAAUGUAUUCGGCAGUGAUUGAUGAGUAUAUACUUCGAGGUUAUCUGAAGAAAGUAUCCAGCACAUCCGAGGUUCGGAUGGAAUGUUUCCUACCUCAUCACCCUGUAUUGAAAGAGUCGAGCACUAGCACAAAGAUUCGACCGGUUUUUGAUGGAUCGGCAAAGACAUCAAGCGGCUACUCUUUAAAUGAUGUUCUGUUGAAGGGACCGGUUAUUCAAGAAACAUUAUUAAAUCUUUUGCUACAGUUUCGCCUACAGCCAAUUGCCAUGACGGCUGAUAUCGAAAAAAUGUAUUUACAAGUAAUGGUCCACCCAGAUGAUAGACCGAUGCAAAGAAUUUUGUGGAGGAGUGAUCCCACAAAACCAAUAGAAAUAUUAGAACUUCAGCGAGUCACCUUUGGGCUAUCACCUUCAUCAUUUCUAGCCACUCGCGUGUUGCAUCAGCUUGCUCAUGAUGAAGGAGACAACUUUCCAAUGGCAAAGGAAGCACUCUUAAACCAUUUCUAUGUGGACGAUUACAUUGGAGGUGCUAAUACGGAAGAGGAAGCUGCCGAGCUUUACAAACAGCUAGUAGCAUUGCUUAGCAAAGGAGGUUUUAGUUUGCAGAAGUGGAGUACAAAUUCGGAAAGGUUGUUGGAGAGCAUCCCACCCAAAGACCGUGCUUCAAAGACCGAAGUGAAUUUCAUAUCUGAUGAUCCAGUCAAAACCCUAGGUGUUGUAUGGCUACCAGCAUCAGACCAUCUGUAUGUUCAAGCGAAUACGAAUGAAUUUGUCGAGCCUCUAACGAAAAGAAAGGUAUACUCGAUGAUUGCCAGGUUAUUUGAUCCUAUUGGUUUGGUGGCUCCAAUUGUUUCCUGGGCGAAGAUAAAGAUGCAGAAGUUAUGGCUCGCCUCUCUUAAUUGGGACGAUACAUUACCAACUGAACUAAUGAAUGAAUGGAAAGAGUUUCAUUCCAAUCUUCCUUUACUGUCAGAGUUGAAAAUACCCAGAUACGUUUGUCUGACAGAACCUACAUCAAUUCAGCUUCACUGCUUCGCCGAUGCUUCUGAAGCGGCAUACGGUGCUGUCUUGUAUCUGAGAUCCGAAGAUGCGAAUGGACAGCGAAAGGUAGAAAUUUUGGCUGCUAAAUCGAGACCAGCGCCAUUAAAGAGAGUAAGCUUAGCCAGACUAGAGUUGUGUGCAGCAGUGAUUGCUAUCAGGCUAUGGCUUCAUGUUAGUACGGCGUUGAAAUUGAAUAAUAUUGAAUCCUUUAUGUGGAGCGAUUCAACUGUGGUCUUACAUUGGUUGAAAUCUCCAUCGCACACAUGGGCAACUUAUGUGGCAAAUCGUGUUUCGCUAAUACAAGACACAGGCAAAGGGUGUAGAUGGCUGCAUGUUAAAGGAAAGGAAAAUCCGGCGGAUUUGGUUUCAAGGGGAGUUCUUCCCAUGCAGUUAUUGACAUCCACAUUAUGGUUUCAUGGUCCUGCUUGGCUAAGAUCAUCACAAGAGGAGUGGAGAGGAAAUAAUUUGUUGGAGGUGCCUUCUGAGGAAAUAUUGGAGCGAAAGAAGUUAACCGUUGCUACAGCAUCCCUUGAAUCUGUAGAUUGGUUAAAGCGGUUCUCUUGCUACUGGCGGGUGUUAAAAUUCACCGCUUAUUAUCUACGUUGGAAAACGUUUAAAAGAGAAGAGAGCCCAGGAGAAAAAACAUUUCUUUCUGCCAACGAGUUGAAGAAUGCGAAAGAGAUGAUUGUACGAAUGCUGCAAAACGCAUAUUUUCCGCAAGAGGUACGAGAGUUGUCGUCUGGAAAAUGCGUAUCUACGAAUUCACGAUUGAAAUCUCUUCAACCGUACAUCGAUACCGAUGGUUUACUGCGCGUUGGUGGCCGUCUGCGUCAAACGCUUAUUCCACACUGCAGUAAGCAUCCUAUAAUUCUGCCAGGCAACAAUCACUUUGCUAAACUAAUCGGGGAAACGUAUCAUAAAAGAACACUGCAUGGAGGACCUCGUAUUACUUUGGCGGAGAUGAGGAAAGAGUAUUGGGUGAUCAACGGACGCCGUGUUGUAAAUUCCGUUUGCAAAGGAUGCGUAAAGUGCUUGAGGGCGGAUCCCAAGCCAACUAUUCAGCCAGUCGGACAACUUCCGUUGUCUCGUGCUACACCCUCACGCCCAUUCUCCGUAGUAGGUGUAGAUUAUUGCGGGCCCUUUUAUCUAAAACCUGUACAUCGUAGGGCAGCUGCACAGAAAUCUUACGUAGCAGUAUUUGUCUGCUUUGCAGUGAAAGCGGUUCAUUUGGAACUAGUUGAAGAUCUAUCCACACCGGCUUUCCUAGCGGCUUUUCGUCGAUUCGUCUCUCGCAGAGGUCUCCCUGCAAAGGUUUAUUCCGAUAAUGGACUUAAUUUCCGCGGCGCUAAUAGUGAGCUUGUUGAAUUGUAUCGCCUGCUGAACGAUUCCCGCCAUAUAGAGGCAGUGCAUGGAGCGUCUGCCAUGAAUAACAUUGAGUGGCAUUUCAUACCUCCACGGGCACCCAAUUUUGGAGGCUUGUGGGAAGCGGCGGUCAAGUCGUCCAAACGUACUCUGCGAAAACUAUUACGCCAACAACGUUUAUCGUUUGUUGAAAUGACGACCGUGUUGGUGCAGAUUGAGGGACAAAUGAAUAGCCGCCCAUUGACACCAUUAUCAGAGGACCCUGCAGAAUUGGAUGCUUUAACACCGGGUCACUUCCUCAUUGGGACAGCAUUGUUGGCCCUUCCUGACAACGAUUUUUUGGACGUUCCUGAAAAUCGAGUCCGCAAAUACCAAUUGCUACAACAACUUGUCCAACGUCAUUGGAAGCGAUGGAAAACGGAGUACUUGUGUGAGCUGCAUAAUAACAAUCAGCGGGUUCCCGCCCCUCAACGCGUAGCUGUUGGGCAGAUGGUUAUUCUGAAGGAGGACAACGUUACCCCGUGUGAGUGGCCGCUAGCUAGGAUCGUUGAAGUCCAUCCGGGGUUGGAUGGGGUAGUUCGUGUGGUGACUCUUCGUACGUCACAAGGAUUGUUUAAAAGACCAGUGUCGCGUAUAUGUUUAUUGCCAUUUGAAAGAUAGGAGAAGUGUAAAGAAAUGUAAAUUUUUUGGAAAAUUUAGGUGGCCGUGAUGUUUGGCGUCAUAUAUUUUGAAUUUUUGUUCAUUGGGUGACUGCAGGCAACUGACAGCUGUCAAUGUAGCAUGUGGCUUUUGACAGCUCCCGUUUCCGGCAUCGCUCUCUCUCUGCUGGAUCGUAAAACGAAGUGGUUUUAGCAACACAACGUAGGGAAGAAUUUUAUGUGAAAUACCGUUCUAAUAAAGAUGAGCCUUGAAUUAAAACAAGUACUUUACGGCAACUGUACAGUGCGGACAUCUGACCCAAAUGCUUUCCGCUACCACCAUUCGCCACCAUCAACAAUCCGGAAACUUCCUAGAAGUGCGUGCAAAGCACGGUUGUAUUAAAAAAAAAUCAUUGGCAAAUGUGUUCAAUCAGUACAUUCAGUUUGUGAAUAAAAAAUAAUCAUGGGGGGUUUGCAGCUUUUGUAAAAAAAUACUUUUUAUCGUAUCAUGUGACGGCUGUAUCACGGCAUAUGAUUUCAGCAACAAGGACGAAACAAUCUCUUGGAUAAAAGACUUGGGUGCAGCAGUUCAACUCAAAAAAUGUUUAUUUACGGCAUUUGGUUGCCUUUGCACGAUUAAUUGGAAACAGCUGUCAAGGACUACUACGCCGUUUCGG